AUGGUUGAGGGGAAGGAAGCCAUUGAACAGGUCACUAGUCCGUCGGAUUGUGAACAAAGUUUCUUUCUUGUUGACGAAGCCAAGCGACAUCGAUAUUUUCUUGAGAAAGCCUUUGAAAUUGAUUUUAACGAUCCAUUUUUGGCACUACAACGGGAUUCAAGGUUCUUACAAACCUCCUCAAACAGCUUAAAUCGGGACGUGAAACACGAAAUUCGAAGCGAUAUCAAAGAAGUCUGCCUGGGCGAGCUUAUUGAUGCUCACAAACAUGUCCACGCAUUUUUUCGUGAGCAGCUGCUUUUAGCUGAAGAGAGGUAUGCUGCGUUAUGCAGCACCUUUGAAGAAGAACGUAAGAGGUUGGAGAGAGAUGCUGCACAGGGUGACGAUGUCGUGGCAAUGUUGGAAAAGGAACGUGAAAAACUUCAAAUAGAGCUAGAAAAUGAGCGUACUCAAAAUAAGCGCUUGGAAAAAGAACUAAAAAGGGCACUCGAUAAUUACAACAACCAGAAAGCGUUAACUCAGCGGCAGAGGAUGGUUGCAGCUCAAAUUAUUAAAGAAAAGCGGCGUAUUUCUAAGGAAUUCUUGGCAAAGUGUGAACAAGUUGAACAACUGGAAUCUAAACUUGGACUUAAAUCUGCUGUACUUCCGGAUAUAUCUUCUGCGGGGAAAGCGGUGUAUCUCACCGAGUGCAUAAGUGUUGUCGAGGGCUCAUUCUUGGAUGCCUUCACCCGACUUAAAUCUUGGUCGGAAUGUUGUGAUCGAGGUGUCGCUAGUGUGCUCUCGAGUGUCUCCUUUCUAGAUGCCCAGGUUCUAGCCCAACAGCUUGGCCGGCAGGCGUCGACGCCUAAACGCGGGCACAGGGAAUGUGUGGGGUGUAUUCAGCCUCUUGUUACUUACACCGCUUACGUGGGCUUCAUUGUUUGUGGUGCAGUGAGCCCAUCCACAACCGCGAAAGUGCCGACUUGCCUUCGAAGUCCGGUGGAGGCGGACGCCUCGUCGUCCGUAGAACCGUCUUCGCGCAACCAACGCUCCAUGUCCCCUCCACCGAAAUGCCGCGGUUCGAAGAACUCGCCCCCUCCUCCGCCCUCCCCUGUCAUUCCGCCCUCUAAACUGGACUCCGGAGGGUGCACCGUUUCACCGUAA